UCAUCGGCGUCGCACAAGCCCGCUAUACAUACACAAUAUCUAUAUAAUUUAUAUAUUCGUUGAUACACAAUAUCUAUAUAAUUAUAUAUAUUCGUUGAGGAUAGAUCGAAUUUAAUUGUACCAGUGAACCGUUGCUGUUCAGAGGUCUCUUCAAUUGAAUUUAUUGCUGUUUUUCGGGCCCUCGUCAUUCGUGACCGAUAUCAUUUUCUGAAGGUUUUAUAGCGCUUCAAUUUGCAGUUGAAUCGCUCAGAUUUGAGACUUCUUGUACCGCUAUUUGCGCAAAAUCGAGAGACCGAGUUAUGUCGGGCCCGUUGGAUCGGUUUGCGAGGCCUUGCUUUGAGGGGUCAUCUGGUAAUGAUGAGAGAAGAGAAAGAAGAUCUGAUUUUGAAAACUCUGAGGAUGAAAGAAGGACGAGAAUUAGUUCAUUGAAGAAGAAAGCAAUAAAUGCAUCUACCAAGUUCAAACAUUCUCUCAAGAAGAAGAGCAGAAGAAAGAGUGAUGGUCGAGUUAGCUCUGUUUCAAUAGAGGAUGUUCGGGAUGCCGAGGAGUUACAGGUUGUUGAUGAAUUUAGACAAGCACUGAUGUUGGAUGAAUUGCUACCAAAACAACAUGAUGACUAUCACAUGAUGUUAAGGUUCUUGAAAGCAAGGAAGUUUGAUAUUGAAAAAGCAAAGCACAUGUGGGCUGAAAUGCUCCAAUGGAGAAAAGAUUUUGGUGUUGACACUAUUAUGGAGGAUUUUGAAUUUAAAGAGUUGAAUGAAGUUUUGAAGUAUUAUCCACAUGGUAAUCACGGUGUGGAUAGGGAGGGAAGACCUGUCUAUAUUGAAAGAUUGGGAAAAGUUGAUCCAAACAAACUCAUGCAAGUUACCACAAUGGAUCGGUAUGUAAAAUACCAUGUCGGGGAAUUUGAGAAAAGCUUUGCAAUUAAGUUUCCAGCUUGUACUGUUGCUGCAAAAAGGCACAUAGAUUCAAGUACAACAAUCUUAGAUGUUCAAGGGGUGGGUUUGAAAAAUUUUACCAAGGGUGCACGUGACCUUGUAAUGCGGCUCCAGAAGAUUGAUGGUGACAAUUACCCUGAAACUCUUCACCAAAUGUUUAUCAUCAAUGCUGGUCCUGGUUUUAGACUACUGUGGAGUACUGUAAAGACUUUUCUAGAUCCCAGAACAACUUCCAAGAUUCACGUUCUUGGAAACAAGUACCAGAACAAGUUACUUGAAAUUAUUGAUGCCAGUGAGUUGCCAGAUUUCAUGGGGGGUACCUGUACCUGUGCUGAUCAAGGAGGUUGCCUUCUUUCUGAUAAAGGUCCUUGGAAAAAUCCAGAAAUCUUGAAGAUGGUCCUUAGAGGCGAAGCACGGCGUGCUAGACAAGUUGUUAAAGUUCUAAAUAGUGAAGGGAAGGUGGUUGCUUAUGCUAAGCCAAAUUACCCAAUGAUAAAAAACAGCGAUACAUCCACCGCUGAGUCUGGAUCUGAAGCUGAAGAUAUUGCUUCGCCAAAAGCAAUGAUGAGUUAUUCACAUCUUCGGUUAACUCCUGUUCGUGAAGAAGCUAAGGUUAUUGGAAAGGCAAACUAUGCUGGUGGCUUCUCUGGGUAUGAUGAAUAUGUUCCCAUGGUCGACAAGGCUGUCGAUGCUUGUUGGCAGAAUCAACCAUCCUUUCAGAAGCCUUAUGUUUCAAAAGGGACAGUUCCACUACCUGACACUCAAAAGGCACCGGAAGGAUUUCGUGCUCGGAUUUUAGCAGUGUUUAUGGCCUUCUUCAUGACACUUUUCACGCUCUGCCAUGCAGUAGCGUGCCGUGUAACCAAGAAACUCCCUGAGACUUCAUCUGAUCAUGGGCAAAAUAUUCAUGAACUUUCUCUAGAUGCUGUACCCAAGGAGGACUUCCGCCCCCCUUCACCGACUCGGUCAUUUACAGAGGCAGAACUCCUUUCUUCUGUUCUGAAAAGGCUGGGGGAGCUUGAAGAAAAGGUUGACACACUUCAAGCAAAGCCAUCUGAGAUGCCUUAUGAGAAGGAGGAACUUCUGAAUGCCGCUGUUUGCCGUGUGGAUGCCCUAGAAGCGGAGUUAAUUUCUACUAAAAAGGCUCUGUACGAGGCUUUAAUGAAGCAGGAGGAACUGCUUGCUUACAUUGACAGUCAAGAAGAAGCUAAGUUUCGGAAAAAGAAGUCUUGCUGGUAAAAGAUGUUGGAUGUGAAGGAAGGGCUAUGGGACACGCAUAUGUUUGGCUUUGAAGAAUGUCAUCACUCAGUGUAUACCGUAUAAUAUACCCACAUUAACCUUGCAGAGGAUCUGCCACUGUGAACAAGAUAUGUCUGCCUAGUGAGAUGAGAGUACAUACCAUUGUCGUGAAAAACUGUGUAUGGAAUUAUUGUACUUUCUCUGUAUGUUCCGAAUAUAUGUUUAUUGUUUUGUUUGUUUCAACAAAAAAAAAUGUCCUGAAACGUAUGAACGAAUUAAGUUUGUGAGCAAAGAGGUUUUUGAUAUUUACUUGGUUGUAAAUUUGAUUCACUGUUUCCAUAAUUGAUUGGAUUUGUGCUACUUUUCAAA